AAAAGGCGAGUAACCGCCGCUGUUAUAGCGGCUGAGCUAGGCUUGUGCGCAUGCGUAGCUUAUUUGAAUUUUUUGCUGUUGGUUGGUCGCCGCUGUUUAGGGCCGAGUCUUAAGCGGCUGUCGGGCAGCUAGCUCCUUGGAAGUCUCUCUCACCUCAGUUUAACUCUAGCUGAGCGACUUUUAACUCUCCUGGAACCCUGGCCUGAUUGGAUUUCCCUCUCAGGCCUCCGUGGGCCGGAACCAUGGCCUCGUUCGGUCUGGAUCAUCUAAAGAACUACCACAGAAGAUUCUGCCGGCCCUCCAGAGCACCCAACAUUCAUACAAAGGAAGGCCAGAACAUGCUGCAAAUCUUACAAGAUUGUUUUGAAGAACAGAAUUCUACAGAGUCAUUGAUUUCUUCAACACCUAAAAAGAAAGUCAGUUAUAGUCAGUCAGCAGGCAAAGAGUGCCAAGCAUCACAUUCAGAAUCAGUUCCGGUUUCUUCAAGGAGGAAAGAAGCUUCUCUGCAAGUUUCUGCAGAGCCAAGUGAAGCUGGCGGUGGGUCAGUUCAGGCUAAUGAAGUUCAUCAGAAAAGUCUGUCUGCUGAUGCUGUCUCCAAAAGUCCACCAGACUUAAGUAACAGGUCAAGUAAAAACUUAAAAUAUCACCAUGGUGCGCCUGAUCUAUUGCACUUAUCUGUCCCCUCCCCUGUGGUUCUUCUGGAUGCAGACGUUGCAGUGUCACUGAAAGCUGUUUCAUCUGCUGGCCAAAAGAGAGUGGCUUCUGUCUCAAGGAGUUCAGUAGAUAUGCAAUCUUCAAAUACAAACACUUCUUUUAAGACCAGGAAAAGGUUAAACUUUGAAGAUAAAGUUAUUUCUAACAUAGCAGAAAUAGAGAACAAUGCGUUACAAGUAGAGGAUAACGUAUCCGAGGAACAAGAAGGGGCAUCAUCAGAAAUCUCUCAGAAAAGAAAUGAUCUAAGCUCUGAAGUUCAACCACAGUCUAAAAAGAGUUUUUCAGAAUUGUAUUUAGAAACUAUCAAGAAGAAAACUAAAUCCAGUUCUGUGUUUAGGCAUACAGCAGCAGUUCCACCUCCUCCAUCUCCUCCAAACAACAUGAAAUUAUUAGAAGAUGAAUUUAUUAUUGAUGGGUCAGAUAGAAGUUUUUCAAGUCAACCUUGGGUGAAGAUACCAAGGAAAGGCAGACAUCUGAGCCACCACAUGCCAUCUCCUGAAAACAUUGCAGUGCCUCAAGGUAAGAUGUCAAGAGAGAAACCUCAUAAUUUAUCUGCGAGGACUUUUGUAAGUAACACACAGUCUGAUAAAGCUCACCCAAUAGAGGAAGCUCAGCUCUCUGGUGAAGACAUCCUGCGAACUACUUGGACAAAUGAGUUGGAAAAUGAUUGUAGAUCUAUAGAAAAUAAAACGUGCUCUGAGAAUGCUAAAAAACCAGCCACCCGGAAAAGGAAGCAGAGGAGGGUGUCUAAGACUGAAGAAGCCGAAGAGCUCAGCAUGGGACAGAGUAACAGUGAAAAUAGGAAUAUGUCAAAAGUUGGCCAAGACAAGUUACAAAUCAGUUCAAAAAGAAACAUGGAGGACUGUGAAGAGGUGACGAAUGAGCCUAUUCCCAAGAAAUGUAAGCCAGCUUGUGAAAAGAAGAAAAAAAAGAAUAGAACCCAAACUAACAAGGAAAAAUCUAGAAAGAAAUGGUUUUCUGCAGGGUCCAGGAACAAAUUUGUUCCCGAAGAAGUAACUUUGCCUUCCAGGAAAAGUUGUAGAGUUUCUCAGAAUUCAUCUGACUGGUGGAUUGUAAAAUCAGAUGAAGGUUCUGUUGAUAGAAAUUCUAAAGAAGAAAAUCAGUCAUCAGUGGUAUAUCCCAAUAGAAAAAAACAGACUAAGAGAAAUCAUGUAUCUAAGAAUACUAGGAAGAAACCUUUUCCAUCAAAAAGACAGAAGACAGAGGACAGCUCAAGAGUACUGAAUUCUUCAAAUGUAAAGGGUUCUGGAGGAAGUGUUAGUGGCCGUGAUGCCAUUUCUGGUUCCCAGAGGAAGUCAUUGAAGAGCAUUGAGGCAGACCCAACUCAGAAGAGGCUUGAUAUUUCUGGACCCAAAAGAGGCUCUAAGUAUCAAAACAGUGUUAUGACAUCACAGAAUUUUCAUUUAAAGUCUCAUACUGAGGAAUAUACAAGCAAGACACAAAUGGAGUCUACUUCAAAUUCGGAAGUGCCUAAACCUUCAGUGUGGGAAGAAAGUGGGCCUUCCAGGUUCAAGAAUUAUGAAAUGCCUGGAAACAAUAAUUCUGAAAUGGGUGGUGAAAAAGACCAGAAGAGUUUGGAUUUGAAAACAAGGAGUUCUACUGUGGUAUCAUAUAAGAAUUUACAUCACAAAUUAGUACUGCCCUCCAACUCACCAAAUGUUCGUAGAUCUAAUAGAAUACGUUCUAAACCACUGGAAUAUUGGCGAGGGGAACGAAUAGAUUAUCAAGAAAGCUCAUCAGGAGGACUUGUGCUUGAAAUAGUAUCCCCAGCUUCUUCAGUAUCAACCAAAAUAAAGGCGAAAGGAAACCUGGGCAAAGUCAACAAAAAAGUUAACAAGAAACAGAUUGAUCUUGGUAACCAUAAAAAGAAUAAGAUAGAGUUGAGUCUGGAUAUACAUCUGGGAGAUCCCUUUCAGGCAACACUGGCCAAGGACCCAGAAACAAGAGAGAUUGUCCCCAUGGAUCUUAUAAGACCACGAGAUACAUACCACUUUUUUGUUGAGCAACAUGGUUUGAAAGUUUUUAAAACAUUGGAUACAACAUUUUUUUCUACUGGAAAAUUGAUUUUAGGACCCCAUGAAGAAAAAGGAAAACAGCACGUUGGCCAAGAUAUAUUGGUUUUUUAUGUUAAGUUUGGUGACCUUUUAUGUACAUUACAUGAAACACCUUAUAUGAUAACUACUGGGGAUUCAUUCUAUGUUCCUUCAGGUAAUCAUUACAACAUUAAAAACCUCCUGAAUGUGGAAAGUUGUCUUCUUUUUACUCAAAUAAAAAGGUGAAAUAAAUGUGUAUGUAUAUAAAAUAGGUUGUUUUUAUGUAAAUUUGUAUAACUGAUUAUUUAAAGUAAAAUUUUUGUUUAGCUUUGCAUUAAUUAAUAAUUUCAAUUUUUUUCAUACUCUUUGUUAAACAUUUUAUGAUCUUGUAUGUAUCUUUUGGUUUUUCCUUGAGUGUAAAUACUAUGUUUAGUGAUGGCCAUUUUGUUGGUAUUGCUUUGAUAAUAUUGAAAAGAAAAAACAACAAAAGAAACUAAAAUUACUGUUCCCACAAUAUAAAAACAUCUGCUAUAAAAGAAUUGAUUAAUAUGUCCAUUCAUUUGCAAUAGUUGGUUUCAAAUAUAAAUUUUAAAUUGUCAGUCAUUAAGUAAUCUAAUAUAGAGCUGUGGUAAAUGUGCUGAAUUAAUUUCCAUGGACUGCUAUAACAAAGUGACUUAAACCACUGGGAUUUGUUUAUAUAUCUUUGGUCUUGGUGUUUUAAGGGUUGAAGUGUGAAUUUAAGGUGUCCUCAGAGCAGUGCUGACUUACUUCUGUAGAAGGGAAUCAUUUCUCUUUUUCUACUUUUUUAUGUGUGUCCUAUCUUUGGCUUUCCUUGUACCUUGAAUACUUCAAUCUUUACUUCUUUGUCAAAUGUCUUACUUUUCUAUUUCUGUGGUAAGAUUACCAUGAUCAAUGCAAAUUAUGUGAGGAAGUAUAUAUUUGAGGCUUAUAGUUUCAGGGAAUUAGUCCAUAAUUAUGUUUCAGGGAGAUCUUAUGUGUAGAUCUGAGAGACCAAAUUUGUUUUUUUAAAGAUUUAUUUAUUUUUAUAUAUGUGAGUACACUGUCACUGUCUUCAGACACACCAGGAUAGGGUGUUGGAUCCCAUUACAGAUGGUUGUGAAGCCACUACAUGGUAGCUUGGAAUUGAACUCAGGACCUCUUGGAAGAGCAGUCAGUGCUCUUAACCUCUGAGCCACCUCUCCAGCCCGAGACCAAAUUUUUUGGGUUUAGAGACCAAAUUUUUUGGGUUCAGACUCCAUCUUAGAAAACCUGACCUAAGUUUAAACUCAAAUGAACUAAUAGGCCAGUCCCCCUGGGACUCCCCCAGUUAGAUGCUUGCCAGGAUAGAAACACUCACUGCUCAUUUGCCAUUUUCUACAAAACAUUGUCCUUAUGAGUGUUCUGGACUUUUCUCCACCUGAACCAUUCUGUGCAUUGGUGAUGAGUUAAGGCCCAAGCUCAAGCUUGUAAAUAAAGACCCUGGUGAUUACACUG